CGCUUGUUCUUUAAAAGAUGUGACACGUCUAAGUAAAUAGCAAUAGGAAGGCCAGCGAGAAACGUGGCAACGCCGCCUCAACCAGCGGGCUACGGUGUCAUGGUGGGCGCGGGAGUUUGAACACCUCAAGAUGCCACACAAUAAUCCAGACAAGGAUGGCAGCGAUGGGGGCAACACAGUGUUCAUUGAUCCCUCGGCACUCGGGGAGCUGACCAGCCAGCUGACGUCCCAAGACCUAGAGAGUCUGGUGGGCUUCAACAUCCAGCCAGCAGACUUGGAGGCUCUGCAGGAGGCAACCGAGGGUCAUGUGGUGGACACUCCUGGAGUGCUUAUCUCUGAUGGAGUGACAGUGGGCAACAUUGUGGAGGUAGAGGGUGGAGAGAGUGGAGUGCUGGAAGAGUCUGAGCAGCUGGAUUCCCAUGCUCACCACCAGCCAAUGGAAGUGGACACCCUCACAGAACACGACCAGGUCAUAGGUGAGAUGGACAUGCUGCAGCAGGGUGGUGAGUUGAUCAGCAUGGCAGGGGAGAUGUCCUCGGGGGGCGAGGCAGCCACCACCUCAGCUCUGCUGGCCUCUGUGUCUUCGGGUGACUCUUCCUCUACACAGAUGGUUUCAGAGACGCCACAGCUUAUAAAGAGCAGCUUAGGCCAGUUUGUAGUUCUGCAGCAGAACCAGCAAAAUAACAUCUCUAUUGGUUCUAUGGGCAACCGAAUCAUCACGUCGGGCGGCCAGGUGGUGAGCACCGUGCCCGGGCCCAGCGGUGGCAACAACAGCAAGCCAGUGGUGGUGAACACGUCUCAGCUCAGUGGUGGAGUGAGGCAGCAGAUGGUGGUCACCUCACAGGCCCACCCAGUGCGGACAGUGCAAUUCAAGCAGUCAUCACAGACACAAUCACACAACAGCAGUGGCACGGUGACAAAGGUGAUUAUCAGCAGCCAGGCUGGCGGGGGCAUGAGCAACAUUGGGGGCCAGCAGGUGCGCCUCAUCACCAGCCAGAGUGGUAACACUGCAGCCUCCCCCACCAAGCUUACCCUACAGCAGGCACAGCAUGUGGGCUUCUUGCCAUCCUCUAAGCCACAGGGCCAGUCUCCAAACAAGAUUGUUGUGCAGCGGGUGAGUAUGGGUGGAGUGUCCCCUGUCAAGAGUCCCAAUAAGUUGGUCCCUGUGUCCUCCAAGUCACCCACCAAAAUUGCCCCAGCCCCUCCUUCCACACAGCAGAUUUUGACUCAAGUGAGCAGCGGCGGAGCUGUGAGGAACAUUCUUUCAAGCCCUCAAAAGAUUGUCAUAAAAAGCAAUAUUCCUCAACCUGGACAGGGGACGGUGAGCACCGUCCGGAGUGGUCAGAUUGUCACUUCUGGGGGACAGCAGGUCAUCAAGAUUCCAGCCAGUCAAGUACAGCAACUGACUGCACAGCAACAAAAUGUGCAAGUUCUCUCCAAUAAGAUGAACUAUAUUCGGCUAGUGAGUCCUGGAGUGGGUGGAGGGGGAGGGGGAGGAGGAGGAGGCGGCGGCAGCGCCACACUCAUACGCCCAACACCUCCCACCAACAAGCCCAUUGCUCCUGCUGCCUCUCAGCCCAUCAAAAUUAAGGCUAUGCCCAUUGCUCCCAAUCAGACUGGGAACAAGCAGCGGGUGAUCAUCCCAGUGUCUGGCUCAGGCUCCUCCAGUGUGUCAGGUGGGAUGCCUCAGACCAACCUGACCCUCCCAGCUUCUGCCCUGCCUCCUGGAGUCCUUUCCAACACCCAGCCUGGUUCAGUGGUCAUGAUCCCAGCUCACUACAUGUCUCAGCUUCAGUCAAACACUACAAACAACAGCACAAUUCAAGCAUCAAACCAGCUUCCUCCAGGAACCAUCAUCCCGCACGCCACAAAGCCACAGCCUUCUCGCACAAUUAUUGAUGCAAAUGGGAUCAGACCAAGAAAACCUUGCAACUGUACAAAGAGCCAGUGUCUUAAAUUAUACUGUGAUUGCUUUGCAAAUGGGGAAUUUUGCAACAACUGUAAUUGUGCAAACUGCUUCAACAAUUUGAAUCAUGAGGAGGAUAGACAGAAAGCAAUCAAGGCAUGUUUGGAUAGAAAUCCGCAAGCCUUCCGGCCAAAGAUUGGCAAAGGUGGAAAUGACAAUGAAAGAAGACACAACAAAGGCUGCAACUGUAAGCGGUCUGGGUGUCUGAAGAACUACUGUGAAUGUUAUGAGGCCAAAAUUCCAUGCUCCAAUAUGUGCAAGUGUGUAGGCUGCAAGAAUGUGGACAUGACACCGGCGCCAGAGAGGAAGGGACUGAUGCAGCUGGCUGAGUGUGCCGAAGCACGGGUCAACCAGCAGAAGGCUGUCAAAUCAAAAUUACCUUCAUUCUCACAUCACUCACCCAACAAAAUGAUUCUUCCUACUACUUCAAAAUCUGGUUAUUAUCGAAUGAACCAGGAAGUGGUGGAGGCAACGUGCCAGUGUUUACUAGCACAGGCAGACAAAGCAGAGGGAGCCUUGGUGUCAGCUGCUCAGUUGGAACAAACCGUCAUCUCAGAGUUCUCACGAUGCCUAAUGCAGAUCAUUGGCAGCUACACGUCACGAUCUAGAGGGCUGGGUGACACGUAGCAACAGUAGAGCUUCUCAGUUGUAUAUAUAUUGAAAUUUUAUCAAGUCAUGUAUAUAGUCUGGAGUGAAAUGUAUAUUUUCUUGUUUCUGCAUUAGUCUGAGGAAGGUUUGUGUUUUUAUUUUUGUUUGCUAUAUUUAAAAUUUGUAUUAUAAUUAAUUUGAGGUUAAUUUCUACUGGAGUGUAAAUUGUAGAUUAUUGCUCAGAUUGUUGCUUUCUUCUCCCUCCAUUUUUUUUUCCCCUCUUUUUUCUUUCCCUUCUUAUUAAGAGUUCUCUUCUGAAUUAUAUACAGUUUGUAUUUUAUAUGUGUAAAUUUGGUUAUGAGGAAUGUAUGAUUUCAGAGUUGUCUUAUAUGUACUCCUUAACACUGGGGUCACCUGAAUGUAUUGAGAAACUGCACAUGGUAUGCGACAAUGAACAUAAAUCUGUACCUGAGUCAGCACCUGCAGUUCAAAUGUCUUUGUUUAUAUGUCUGUUUCCCAGUCUGUCUAUUUGUCAAUCUACAUAUAUCUUUUGAAGUAAGACAUUAUUAUUGCUAUUAUUAUUGUUAUUUUAUUUUAUUUAUUGGUAUAUUUAUCUAUAUACAUUAAAGGACUACAAGAACUACAUAAAAAGUACACUUAAUUGCUAGUCUGAAAGUAUGUGUACUAAAAUCCUGAAGUGUAUUGCUUCUUUACCAUUGGUCUUGACACUCCUAGAAGUGUUUGAAUCCAGACUUGUAAGAAAGUCUACAUUAGUGCCUUUUUUACACCCAGCCUCUGCUUUCAUUGAGAAACAAAAGUCAGCACUCAGUAUAGAGACAUUAUCAGCCUACAAAGGUCUCCUCUUACCUUCUCUAGUCUUCUCUGCUAGCUCCUGCCAGUCUUUUCUGGUUUGCUUCAACAAAGCAUCUUACCUCAUUUCACUAUGUUCAUCUCUAUCUGACCAGUCUUUGUUUAUCUGUUACUCUAAUAUCCAUCCGUGUUAUGUUGUGUCCUGUCCAUAUCCACUGUUUUCUUUUAUUAUUUCAGUGAAAAUUUUUUCACCUUUAGGCUAUUCCUUUAUCACUAUUGCUCUCUUAUUUCCCCAUGUUAUGUCAAGCAAUUUUCUCUUCAUUCCACUUUGAGCAUUCAAAAGUUUUUAUUCCACAGUUUUAUAAGACUCCAGGUUGCCAAUCAAAAACAGAUGUCAAAACUGGCAGAAUGUUGUGAAGAGUAACUUUUCUCACAUAAUUGCAAUUCAUAAUAGUGUUUUUGUUCAACAAAAUACUCCGUCCCUCAAUCUGUGUUCUUGGAUUCUUUUCAUGAGUAAGACUAAAGGUCUAUAUUAGAACACGAGUAUUUGAUAUUGAAAAUUUAUUCCCAGAAAUUGCUGAAAUCUCCAAAUCCUUUUUACAAGAAUUCAGGCUUGAUCUUUGACCCAAAAUGCAGCAUUUGAGAAAUUAGAAAGAUGUGGGCACUCUUUGAUACCAGAUCUUGCUUACAAAAGCUAGUAGAUUCUGUUCCAUACAUAUACGUACUACUUAUUUUUGCUCCAUUGAAUGAGAGUUCGAGAUUAAUGGUGGAGGAACAGCCGAAAGAAGCAAACUUAAAGUGGUCACUUAAACUUUGACAUGAUAGUUGUACAAGGAGUGUAGUGCUUAUCAUUAGAUGUGUAUAGUUUUUGUAAUGACCUUUAACUUUCAUACAGUGAAACAUGUAUUUUCAAAAUAAUUUUUCACUGACCUACUCUGAUAUCUCCAUAUUUGACUGAUCUGGCAACAACACAUCAUUUAGCAGUUUAGAUCUGGUGUGUAGGAAGGAUGAACUCCAGCUUUGAAAGGCACCAGACAAUGUUUGUUUUGUCUUGACAAGUGCUGGAGCAAAAUGUUACACUUGUGCCGUUCUAGAUAACCAAAAGAAUUAUGCACUACCCUGUCUCAGACUAUUGGUAUUGUCAACUACACCAAGAUGGUCAAGAAUCACAGAUAGGAUAAGUAACACAAACAAUUCAUGCCCAUCUGGAAAGUGGUACCAUAUUAAGGCAACCUCUUGAUUCUUGCAACUUUCUGGAGACAACUUUGAGUGUACCUUUCUCAUGCAUUGUGACAGCAGCAUUGGUUUAUUAUGUAAAGUAUUAGUGUCAUGCUCUGAAGUGUUAUAAAAUAAAUAAAAGUAGCACUGAACUCAA